AUGACGAGCUUCAUCGCAAAGCAAGUGAGCAAGAAAAUCCUUGGCGAAUCAGUGUCGAAUCGAUUUGGUACUGAGGACCCCUACUUCGAGCAAGUUCCCGCGACGAGGUUAGACGGCAAACCGUCUGGCAAAUUCAAGAAAGUCCGGAAGGCUUUACCUCCGGGAAUAUCUGAGCAUGAUGGUCACGUUCUUACCAAGGUUAAGCGGAGAGCAUGGCGACUUGACAUGAGUCUAUUCAACUGCUGCGGGAUUCGGUUUGGCUGGAGCAGCGUCAUUGGCAUAGUUCCUGGAGUUGGCGACGUCUUCGAUGCUUUCAUGGCCAUGAUGGUUGUCCAUACUUGCAAGCAGGUCGAAGGCGGCCUGCCCCAAUCAGUCCUCUCCAAGAUGUACAUGAACGUCAUCCUCGAUUUCCUCGUCGGUCUCGUUCCUUUCCUCGGCGAUGUCGCCGAUGCUGUUUUUCGAGCGAACACACGCAAUGCUGUCGUCCUAGAGGAAUAUCUCCGCAAGAAGGGCAAGAAGAAUCUGAGACAAAGCGGCAUGCCCAUCCCGAAUCUCGACCCAAGCGAUCCCAAUGAUUUCGAUCAAUUAGAUCGCGAACCUAUGGUAUCUUCGCAGCCAGGUCGCCACGGUGACAUGAGUGCUGGCAAAGAUCAUGGUUCCCAAUCGAAUGGUGUCACGCGACCUCCCCCAGCAAAGACAGGUGGGGGAAGCUUCUUUGGUUUUGGCAGGCAAAAGGGUCGUCCAGCAGAUGUUGAGUCGGGCCACGCCCGAUAA